AUGAACAGUUACUCAAAACGCUGCAGCUCCAGCGAGGACAGCUUUGAGUUACAGGGUAGUGCAAGGUCAGAAGCUAAAAGCUUUGUUAAAAGCAAAAAUAAGGAUGAAGGCUAUCGACCCCAUCGAUCAAAGCACUGUCAGAAAGGGGGUGAAAAAAUGCACGGACUGGAACACUCUUCUCUGUAUCCAACAGAAGUGGGCAACGAAAGCCAAAAGCUCCAGAAACAGAAGAAAACUCACAAGAAGAGCAGCUCCUCUGCAUCUGAUUUGAGCUUGGUGAGUCAAGGAUCGUCAAGUUCUUUGUCUGUUGUGGAAGAGAAAAUAGAAGCUAAACUCAAAUUCUCGCAAUUUAUUAAUGAAGUGACUUUCCGAGUGCUUGAUCCCAUGAGCCUGAGGGCAUACCGAGCUGCCAAACUGAAAAACACCUUCCCAUCCAGUGUGAGAAGCCUAGAUGAUCUGCAUAUUAAAAGAAAGUCUCCUGAAAGCUGGAAAGAGAACAUUCUGGAUGGGAAAACCCCGGAAGAAAUAGACUUAGAGAGUGUGAGAAGCGACGACCUUGUGGCUGGAACGCGAACACGCAAGCUAGAGAAAUCCUUGUCCUUGGAUACAAGUCCUUCUCUCAGGUCAUUUGAUAAUGGUGCCUCGUGCAGAACAAGAUCUGGCUGCCCUGUAGAAAUUAUGAUUUCUCAAAGCAAAGAAAUGCCAGCCACAAAAUCUGCAUCUCUGCCUAGAAGUACAAGCAUGGCCUCUGCGGCAGAGAUGGAGAAAAUAAGGGUACGAAAUUCCUGGGUGCCAACCUGCCUAUGGCAACCUAGAAUUCUCCAGGGCAGGCUCGCAAAAUCUUCACCUACUCUCUGGGACAGUACUUUGCAAGAGCAGAAGGGGGAAUUACGAAAGCGUCUGUCGUACACUACCCAUAAGCUGGAAAUGCUCGAAACGGAGUUUGAUUCUACACGUCAGUACCUUGAAAUAGAACUGAGACGUGCUCAGGAGGAACUUGAAAAAGUCACUGAAAAACUGAGAAGGCAGGUGAUUACUCCCCCGAAGACAUUUCAUAUUGGAAGCCCAAAAUAUUUUACAAGGAUACAAAACAAUUACCUAGCCUUACAAAGAAUUAAUCAGGAUCUGGAGGAUAAGCUUUACAGAAUGGGUCAACAUUACGAAGAGGAAAAACGGGCUUUGAGCCAUGAAAUAAUUGCACUCAAUAAUCACUUAAUAGAGGCCAAGGUGACAAUAGAUAAGUUGUCAGAAGACAAUGAGCUCUAUAGGAAGGACUGCAAUUUAGCUGCUCAGUUGCUCCAGUGCAGCAAGAAUUACGACAGGGCACAUAAGCUUUCAGAGCUGCCAUCUGACUUUCAGGAAAGGGUCAGCAUCCAUCUGGAAAAACACGGCUGCAGCCUCUCCGUCCCCUUGUGCCACACGUCUUACGCUGACACCAUCCCCACCUGUGUCAUUGCCAAAGUACUGGAAAAGCCAGACCCAAACAGCUUGUCCUCGCACUUGUCAAGCCCGUCUACAAGGGACCUCAACUUUCAGGACUCCGCCGGGAAACUCGGGCAAAGGCCCCAGUACAAGUCGGACAUCUACUGCAGCGACACUGCCCUUUACUGCCCCGAGGAGAGGAGGAGGGAGAGGAGGCAGAGCGUGGACACACAGGUGAAGGACGUGGGGUUCCUGCGCUCCCAGAACUCCACGGACAGCACCGUCGAAGAAGACGGUUUCCAUUCCAGCUUCUCUCACGAAGCCUUCCCAGAGUACAUCACCUCUCUGCCAACCUCCAGCUCCUACUCCAGCUUCAGCGUCACGUCCGAGGAGAAGGAGAACGCGCAAGCCAACACCCUGACAGCCUCUCAGCAAGCGAUCUACAUGAGCAACCGAGACGAGCUGUUUGAAAGAAAGUCACCCGCGGGUUACGAGCAUCAGGGAAGCCCGAGGUUUGCCAAGGCCAAACCCGCGCAGCACGUGGAGCUUGCUGACGACAACGAGAACUCGCCCACUUUUACCAGGACUCUGCCUCCGUAUGCAAACGAACCUUUUCAUUUCUCAGCCAUAACACCACAGCAGGCUUUAGCCAACCAGAAAAUGAGGAACGAGUGCAGGAGCACCCACCUUUCAGAAGAAGACUUGCCCGGGCGAUGGAGGCAGCUGAGCGUGGAGGACAUUGGUGCGUACUCUUACAGGAACACGGGCAGACUGUCGCCUUGUAGCUUUUCAGAACAGUACUACAGCAGUCCCAUUAAGAAGGGAGACAGUCGAACGAGCCCUAUCUACGCCAGUUACAAAGCAGACAGCUGCUCAGAGGGAGACGACAUCUGCCAAAGCAGACUUGUGGAUUCUUGCUUCCUGAGAACAGACAGUGGCCUGAACAUUGACAUCAGCACUAGCUGUAAACAGGACAAAUUGCCCGCGUACAAAGCAAAAGAACCAAGAGACCAAAAAAACGAGAGGAUCACCGUCCAGUUAUGCACGAGCACAAACAUGGAGAGCAGCCCGGUGUUGAAAAGAGAGUACGUGGACGUGAGCCCCAACAGCUCAGCAGAGUCCCUCAACCAGAGCUCGGCAGAGGCUUCGGAAAUCCACCAGUCUUCCAUGGAGCCAGGGAGCCAUCCGGCUAUUCACUCCAAACAGCAGCAGUUCCAACGGACUGCGAGCACCGGCCUGAGCCGCAAGGACAGCCUUACGAAAGCACAGCUGUACGGCACCCUGCUGAACUAG